GAAGGGUUGGUACAUAUUGGGAUUGGGGGUGGGCGGUGCCGGACCUUAUAGGGCAAUUUAUAGCUACUAUACCGUCAAGUUGUGAAGUUGAAUUUAUAGAAGCGAUUCGUGUGUUGUCCUGCGCUAAAGUCAACCCUGCAACAUUUUAGUUUCAAACCCACUCGCUAAUGUAGCCUAUAUUGAACAACUUGCAAUAAUGAACAUCUGAUGCGUCUUCGAUUACCUUAUUCCCAUUGCACACAAUGCACAGGCUUCCUCGACAUCAGUUUUGCUUGCGAACAAAACAUAUGAUUCACAUUAAUUGUUUGCGUGCCAUUGAUGGAAGGACAGCGCGUUGUCAGUCUGAUCAAUAAUGUAUUUUACUCGGGGGUGAUUUUCCAUUGUCACAGCACCGUAGCAAAAGAAGAGCACACACAGCUUAGAAAUUGUACCCCUUGCAUCUAAUGAUCAACGUGACAUUUCAUUUAUUAUUUAGAUCCGUGGGGGGUUCUUGUUUCGCCACCCCUCAACACAACUUUUCCAUUUAGUGUUCUGGGGACCUUUCGGCGGAAGACAUCUGUAACCUGCGGACAGUGGUGUCUUAUGUUGUCUACAACGCGCAUUUGGAAACAUAUCCCUUCGAUAGUUCUGUAAGGCAGCUACUGCGUGUGACUGCCUGUAUGACUGAGCUGUGCUACAUACGCCAAGACCUGCCGCUCCCAUUGCGCUGAUCUCUUUUUAAAAAAAUACAUAAUGCAUUGGCAUCACUGGAUCCGUUGGCAUUCCGUCACAAUUUCCUCGCGGAAGUACUGCUCUCCUGUACAGUGACCCACCUGGUGUACAACUAACCUUCCCACGGUGUCUCAACAAUGACCGGUCGCUGUACUCUGCAGUAGCCUAUUGUAAGGAAGUUUAGUUCCUCACUGCGCACGUAACGUCCUUUUUGCAGACAUCCGUGCCAGAGGGCAAAUAUUUCUCCCAGGGAAGGUGGGCUCCCCUUACGACAACUGCCUCUGUUUUGAGUGAGACAUGAAAUGUGAGGCCUCCUCUGUGGUUGGUUGUGCUCUUCAAAAGAUGCUCAGCGUCCUCGCCCUUCUGUUCGUCGGCCACUCUCUGGCCGUGGGCUCCAAACGGUGUCCUCCCGGCUGCCUCUGCUGUGAUUCCUCAGACCUGGUGAAGUGCCGGGCCAAAGGCUUUGACAAGGUGCCCCAAGGCCUGCCCCAUGGCACCUGGUUCCUGGAUCUCGGGGCCAACGACCUGGUGAAACUGGAGGCCAACGAUUUCGACCACCUGUGGUUCCUCAAGGUUCUGGUUCUGUCCAACAAUAGACUCAAGGUCCUACUGAGCAAGGCAUUCUGCAACCUGUCCUUCCUGGAGAGGCUUGACAUGAGCGACAACAAGCUCCGGCAGCUCCCCCCGGACUUUUCCGAGUGCCUGGGUGCUCUGCGGGAACUCCGGCUGGUCAGGAACGUCCUGGAGCACCUGGAGCCUCCCUGCCUGAAGAAGCUGGAGAGCCUGGAGAAGCUGGACCUCAGCUACAACCGCUUACAGACCGUGGCGCCGGACGCCCUGUGGGGGCUGACCCGCCUGCGCCACCUCUAUCUCCAGGGCAACCAGCUGACGACGCUGCACGACGGCAGGCUCACCAUGCUGCUGAGCCUGGAAGUGCUGUUGCUAGGCAACAACAGCAUCUCUGAGAUCGAAACCGAAGCCCUGGUGUCCCUGCCCGGCCUGUCCUUGCUGGGCCUGGAGGACAACCGGCUGGGCCAACUCAAGUUCAAGACUUUCCACAACCUGCAGACGCCGGGCACGCACCUGCGUCUCUCCGGCAACCCCUGGAGCUGCGACUGCGACUUGCACCACGCCUUCAGCAAGCUGCAGAGCGUGCGCCACCUGCACGUGGACGACUACAAGCAAGUCACCUGCCACGAGCCCGCCCAGCUGGCCGGGGAGCCGCUGGCCAGGGUGGAAAGCCAGCUGUGUGUGGCCGAAACCGCCACCGUCCUGGUCAUCACCAUCACCGUGCUGGUCACCGUCAUGGCUGCCAUCGUCAUGGCCGAACGCAACCGCAAGAAGGGCUGCGAGUCCGAGUCUGAUUCGGACUUCCAGGAGAAGUGACCGUACUGGGGACCUCGUGGUUUCAGGGGAGCAGGGAAUUGCGUCGCCAAAUCGGCGUUGACAGUCACAGGACUUAGGCAACCAGACCCUUACUGCAUCUUUCUUCGGCUCUUGCUGUGACUCUGGACUGAGCCGUUCUGAAGUGGCUUCCUGGCUUGUCAAGCAUUUUAAUUAUUUAUUUUUUUUAGGUUGUGGAAUGUUCUGUUCUCAUGGCUUUGUCAGGUUUUCUUCCAUUAAAAUGUGAUAAUAGACUUUGGAAA